UUAAAUGAAUAAUUUGAUACAAUUCACGUGUUUUUAAUUAAAGUGUUGACCCUGCCUGUACCCAUUUUUAAAUCUAGCCAUGCCACAAAACCUGUACUAUCUAACCUUAACCCUAAGGUAAGUACAUAGUGCAUAGGCCCAUACAUUUAGAAACAUUAAAUGCAUUCCCUGAGGAUUUAACCCGUGCCAAUACUAGCCCCACUAUUGUUUGAGCUACAUGAACACUUAUUUGAGUCUAUCUGGAUUUGAGCUGGCUUUGUGAACAAAGCCUACAUCACAUCAACAUAAAAAUGAGUUUACAUGUGCAAGUAUGAUUAAUACCGUCCUUACACUUCUGUUACUAAUAUGACCAGGGCGACUGGCACAGGGCUUGGAGCGUGACAUCAAAGAUCUGCAGGCCUUCUCCGAACACACCACGGACUCUGUGGCUCAACUCUGGGAGCAUCUGGCCAUGAUCAGCCACUCCAGCCAGAGGAACAGCAGCAGUCUGGGAGAAGAGUUAGCCUUUGCUGCUGGCUCUAUUCGAACCCAGGACGCAAUUUUAAAGACAAUGGUGGUGAACGUAGAGACGCUACAGGAGCGUCUGGAGGAGGUGGGAUGGACAGUACAGACAUUAAACCAUUCGCUUAGUGGAGAUGUGAGUCUGCAUCAGGUGAAAAUCUGUGAACUGCAGGAGAAGUUUGGAAAUGUGUCUCAUGACGCCACAAGCAUGAGGAUCACACAGUUACACCUGGAGGAGCAGCUCAGGAAUGAGAUUGAAGUGCUGAAUGUCAUCACCGCAGAUCUGAGGCUAAAGGAAUGGGAGCACUCCAUGGCACUCAAAAACCUAACUGUAUUACAAGGACCACCAGGACCAAAGGGUGAGAAAGGUGAUGUGGGGCCCCUGGGACCAGCCGGACUUCCUGGUCUGACAGGAAUAAGAGGCUUGGCAGGAGAAAAGGGCAUUCAGGGUCCUCAUGGACUGGCAGGACAAAGUGGUCAGGAUGGACACAAUGGAGAAAAAGGAGAUAUUGGGCCUGAGGGACCCAAAGGUGUGAAAGGAGAAAGAGGACAGAAAGGAGAGAAAGGAGAGCGUGGAGACAAAGGAGGGAAAACAGUGGAAGAAACUCUGGUAAGGCUGGUGAACGGCUCUGGGCCUCACGAGGGUCGAGUGGAGGUGUUCCAUGAGCUUCGAUGGGGGACAGUGUGUGAUGAUGUUUGGGAUAUAAAAGAUGGAGACAUUGUGUGCAGGAUGCUGGGCUACCGUGACGCCAGAGAAAUCCACAAAACAGGCCGGUUUGGACAAGGCACUGGGUUAAUCUGGAUGGAUGAUGUUGCUUGUGCUGGUACAGAAGACUCUAUUCACCAGUGUAAAUUCUCAGGAUGGGGAAAAACCAACUGCGGUCACGUAGAAGAUGCAGGGGUGACCUGUAACAUAUAGCCUGUUUCAAGUCUUCAAUAUCCUGUAAAAUGGACAGUUAAACUGUAAGUGUGGAUGAUUUGCAGGCUCUGAGGAAACUGUGUCUGUGUCCUUCUACACAGCAUAAGACUUUUGAACCAGUUUGUGGCAGAGUAAAAGAUCAGACCCUGGAGAUCAGACACAGGCUCAACAUCCUACCUGCAAAGAACUGCUACCCAAAUACUUCAGCCAUAUCCAUCAAAUGGGGGAGGAAUAUCCCACAUGCAGUAGAAGAGUGUGUGUGUGUGCGCGCGUGCGUGCGUGCUCUAUGCUGCUGCUUU